UAGAAGCAUAGAAAGCAAAAGAAAAACAGAGAGAAAAAAGUGGAGGGUUGUGGAAGAGAGUAUUGUGAUUUGAAAAAGGCCACAACACACAACACCACAAAUAGAACAAGUCUACUCUCCCUCCCAUCUCCGAAACAAAAGCUUCAUAUUUUGGUCACCUUCUCUUAUAAUCACACAAUUUCUCAGUACAAAGAAAGAAGAUUUGAUAAAAAGAAAAAAAGAAACUUUAGGUGGCAAAAACAGAAAAAAGGAAAACGUUUGAUGAUUUUUGAAGCAAAGUUGAAGUUUUUGGUGAAUUGUGAAUAGAUCAGUGGGUGAUGUCGUGUUCUUCUUCAUCUGGGUCUGAAGAAGACGAUGAGGGGUUCGACUCCUACCGGAAAGGAGGGUACCACGCCGUCAGGGUCGGCGAUCAGUUCGCCGGAGGAAGGUACAUAGCGCAGAGGAAGCUGGGUUGGGGUCAGUUUUCCACUGUGUGGCUUGCUUAUGAUACUAGCACCUCUGUAUGUUUGAUCCUCUCUCUUCUCUUUAUCAUUUGUGUUCUUGCAGCACAAUUUGCCCAGGCUGCCCUUCAUGAGAUGGAUGUUCUUUCAUCCAUUGCUGAUGGUGCCCCUUUGAAUUCGAAGUUUGUUGUCCAAUUGAUUGACCACUUUAAGCACACAGGCCCUAAUGGCCAGCACCUUUGCAUGGUCCUUGAGUUUCUUGGAGAUAGCUUGCUUCGACUAAUCAAAUAUAACCAUUACAAAGGCCUUCCAUUGAAUAAAGUUAGGGAGAUGUGCAAAUGCAUUUUGAUUGGUUUGGAUUACUUACAUAGAGAACAUGGUAUUAUCCACACGGACCUAAAACCAGAAAAUGUUCUUCUAGUUUCUACCAUUGAUCCUGGAAAGGACCCUGUUAGAUCUGGACUCACCCCAAUUUUAGAGAGGCCUGAGGGAAACAUAAAUGGUGGAGUUUCAAGUCUUGUUGAGAAAAAGUUGAAAAGGAGAGCAAGGAGGGCAGUUGCUAAAAUAUCUGGAAAAACAGCUUCAUUUGGAGGAACAGGAGAAGCUCCAAAGACUGAUAGAAAUAUCGAUGGGAUUGAUGUGAGAUGCAAAGUGGUAGAUUUUGGAAACGCAUGUUGGGCUGAUAAGCAAUUUGCAGAAGAAAUUCAGACAAGACAGUACAGAGCUCCUGAAGUAAUAUUGCAGGCUGGUUAUUCCUUCUCAGUAGACAUGUGGUCUUUUGCUUGUAUUGCUUUUGAGCUUGCCACAGGUGAUAUGUUGUUUACUCCCAAGGAUGGAGAAGGUUUUUCUGAGGAUGAGGAUCACCUUGCCCUGAUGAUGGAACUCCUCGGAAAGAUGCCUCGGAAGAUUGCUAUUGCUGGAGCAAAAUCCAAGGAUUUCUUUGACAGACAUGGGGAUCUCAAAAGAAUUCGAAGGCUAAAAUUUUGGCCACUUAACAAACUGUUGAUUGAUAGAUAUAAAUUUUCGGAGAGUGAUGCUCACGAGUUAUCAGAGUUUAUUUUGCCACUUCUUGAUUUUGCACCUGAGAAUCGACCAACUGCACAGCAGUGCCUGCAACACCCAUGGCUUAAGGGUAAGGAGACUCCAAAUGAAAUGAAAAAUGAGUCUAGUGUGGAAUAGGUGGAUAUUGGAAUGAGCAACCUUAAAAUCAAGGUGGGGAAGUGAAGGGAAGAAAGGUAUUUGACAGUCACCCUCAAAGACCCCUCCUUCCACAUGAAUGACUAUUGAUUGUGAUUUAUUUUUGGCUUGAUCAUGUUUAAUAAGAUUUAUUUUUUUAUUGGAUUAACUACUACAAAUAUGUAAAUUAGUAAAGAAUUUUAUUCAUCCAAAGAUAUCUGAUAAAGAAAAAAUUG